AUGAGCAUUCCCCAGGCACAGGAAGUACCGAGUCCGACGAAGGUACAAGACACCGGCCGUCUUCGACGUCUUUCCGUGGCGCAAGGAGUUCGAAGAUUGUCCAUUUUCAAACCUACGAAGAUUGAUGCUCAAUCCGGUGUGCAACCCACCACUUUGUCCCCUACUGUGGAAACGGCCACCACCGAACGUUCUUCGUUUCGCGAUAACGCUACUCCACUGGUGGAAUCCAGUCGAGCCUUGUCGUUUCGUGACUGGAUGGGUACCACACCAAAUCGAAGACUGAGUCAGGUCACUCCCGCUUUGGCUCCACCGCCCAUAUCGAUCCUGGGCAUAUUGGCCGCGAAACGUGUAUCCCGACGAUUUUUGGCCGCGAUCACAGGGACCUGUGACGCACGGGAGUUUAUGACAAUGCGUAAGAUCUCCACACUCAGUUCAGCGUCCUUCAUGGCACCACCAAAACCGCCAACCUAUCAGUUGGGGCCAGUGGAACCAUUCAAUCCAUAUGUGAUCCAAAGCCGUAUUGAAAGACUGUUGCACUUGCGUGCCAAUACUCUACCACCAGAUUAUCGACCGGAGCGAGCUGCCAGUCUGUGUAAAGAAAUUGCGAACGAGGUGAAAUUUAUCAUGCGCACAGCCGGAUCAGAAAGAUAUCGCUAUGUUGCAUUCUGUGUCGUGAUGCAACGGGGAUCCCACAUGGCUGGUUGUUUUAGUCGCGUGUUAUGGAAUGCGGAUACCGAUCGGACGCUGUGCGCCCAGUGUCUCACACCAACCGUGUUGGUCUGCUGCACGGCUUAUGCGUUGUACAAAGAAUGA